GAACGGGGAGAUCUUAAGGUAACCCAAGUUCGACUUACUUUUAGUCUUCCAAUUUUGAUCUCCUACUCCCGACCCCUCUAUCGUCUAAAUGAUAGCUUGCUUACAUGUGUGCAAGCACUGCGACCGGAGCAUUGCCAUGUAUCGUUGUGCAGAUUAUGCAAAGAAUCAUUCAUACAUAGAAUGGUAGUACUGAGAACAGCCAGGAAGCACAUGCGAAGAAACACGGUUUGACCUUGCGAGCAACCAGAGCGGGAGACGUCAGCUCGUGUUCAUUUGUAUCUCAACCUGACUUGCUCGCAGCUUCUUUGUCAGCAUGCUCUUUGCCUCUCACCCGUUUUUUUCCCGUCCUGUCUCUUUAUCAUCUUCACCUCCAUCUCCAGCUCAGUCUUCUGUGUUGGUAGGCCACUCAUCUUCGUUUACUGGGUUUUCCUCUGCGCUGCACAAUGCUCCCCACUCUUCCGAUUCGUGGCCUCCGUGGAGCUUCGUGUCGUUGAGGACUUGGUUGCAUUGUCACCCACUUUGUAGUGCAGGGUAUGGAUUACUGGCGAAUUGGGCUGCCAUACGCUGUUGUAGUACUGAUGGUGUGGCAGGGAUUGAGAGUUUCAUUUCUGGGUGUGUGAGCACCAGCAGUCCUUGCGCCGGUGUUGGGGUCCCCUCUGUCUCGUUGAACCUAUCGUUCUCGGCGUCCAUCGGCGGCCUGGCACCUAUUGAAUCCAUGAUGCAUGCGGAUGUGCGCGAAUCAUAUCUCAAUCGUGAGAUUUCCUGUUCGAUGGCCCAGAUGCCAAAUGACGCUAAUGAGGCACCUCAGCUGCCAGAGGAGCUUGAUGUGUCUAAGAUACCGAAGCACGUUGCCAUCAUUAUGGAUGGCAAUUCAAGAUGGGCUGAGCGAAGAGGAUUGCCUGCAAGCAUGGGCCAUGAAGCCGGGGUACGUUCACUGAAGGAAGUCGUCAAGUUAGCUAAUACGUGGGGCAUCAAAGUUCUAUCUGUGUUUGCUUUCUCCACCGAGAAUUGGUUGAGACCCAAGGCGGAGGUCGACUUUUUAAUGUUAUUGUUCGAGAAUGUUUUAAAGGACGAGCUGAGCAGUUUAGCUAAAGAAAACGUCCGCGUACACUGCAUGGGGGAUUUGACGCUGUUACCUGAUUCAUUGAAGAACUUAGUCUCAGCACUGGAUGAGCGAACAAAAAAUAAUACUGGCCUCAAGUUUUGCAUAGCGCUGAGCUACAGUGGUCGCAACGACAUUGCUAAUGCCUGCCAGAGGUUGGCGGCCAAAGUGGAAGCUGGAGAGCUAAGCUCCUCGGAUAUAACCGAGACUAUGUUUGAGGAAGAGUUGAAGACAAGUUGGCUAGGUGAAGAGCGCGACCCAGAUUUAUUGAUACGGACCAGCGAAGAGCAGCGGAUUAGUAAUUUCCUUCUUUGGCAAUCAGCGUACACAGAAUUUUAUUUUGUAGAUUCUUUAUGGCCAGAUUUUGGGGUUGCUCAAUUUAAAGAAGCCCUGCUGACAUACCAAAACCGGAGCAGACGUUUUGGCAAACGCAAAGUUAUGUUGACCCACUUUGUUGCGGCACCACUGGAGCCUUCUGGGUGUUGGAAACUUCCUGGGAACUUCCUAGGAGCCUCUGUGAUAUAUGGAGAGAGGCCACUAAGCCCUAAUUUUUCUAACCCCCUGGUCUCGUCUUCCAGUCACCGCUGCGCCGUUGCAGAUCGCGUGGAGUUGCGUCUCCUCUUCAAAUUUCGAAUGAGCCACGGAGGAGUGCUGUCCAGAAUGAGAGGAGGCAACCAGUUGAACCCUUUGCUGCGCUCUCUUGGUCGAUUGUGUUUGAAUGCGACUCCUUGCUCAACGUCUCAGGGGGUUUUUUCCGCUGCAUCGAUUCAAGUUGAAGAAUCUAUUAGAAGAGAAAUCCACACUGGGGAAGGAAGUAAAACUGGUUUCAGAGCUAAUGAAUCGAAGAAUAAGGCUGCCUACGCUCCGCACCUCGAUUACCCUAUAUCAUGUCUGGAUUUCGUCCGAGGCAGCUCUGCCCAUAUGUCGACCUUGGCUGAGGCUGGUCCUGCAAGUCCACCAGAUGUUCAAGAGGGAGAUUCCUUUAAUGCGUUGUACCCAACGAACAAAGAACCACAGAGGGUCCUGUUUAGAAGAAAAGGAGGCGACAAGUUUGCUCGGUCGAGAACGAAUUCUGUGAUAGCAGCCCUUGUGAAGUCGUUGGAGUCUUCACAAUCUAAUGCAGAAGUGGCGGAGAUACUGGAACAGCGAUCUGAAGAGCUCUUAAGGCCCAAUAGUUGGCCAUGGCUGCCUCUUCUAGACGCGCUUCAAAAAGGACCCAAACCUCAUAUUGCAAUGGAGGUUUUCAAUUGGAAGAAGAGCAAGCUGGGAUGGGAGGCAAAUCCAAAGGAGUAUGCGAAGAUGAUCUCAUUUGCAGGCAGGAUAAGUCAGCCUCAGCUAGCUGCUGACUUGUUUGAUGAGAUGGAAAAACGGGGUAUAAAGAAAACAGCAGUGAGCUUUAAUGCACUUAUACAUUCCUACGGUCGCAACAACGAAGCUCACAAGGCACUUCAGCUGUUCGAGGAUAUGAAAGCCACCAACGAUUGUCAGCCGACGCUAGUGACCUACAAUACCCUAAUUUCAAUGUACAGCCGAAUGGGUGCAACGGAGGAGAUGAAGAAGCUUUUUCUGGACUGUAAGGAGGCGGGGUUUAGCCCUGAUAGGCACACUUACAAUGCUCUUAUCUGGGGUUACAUGCGGGCUGGGCAACUGAGUCAGAUGGAAGAGACUUUCAACGAGUUGCAGGCUGGCGAAUGCAAAGCUGAUGUAAUCACGUACAACGCUCAGAUUAUUGGCUAUGCACGAGCAAAUGCAGUUAACAAAAUGGAGGCUGUCUUUUCAAGUAUGCAAGCGGCCGGAAUUCCCAUCAAUGCCAUGGUUGGAGAAAUACUUAUUGAAGUCUACAGUCGCACGAAGCACUUUGAGAAGAUGGAAAAUGCAUUGAAGAUUAUGGAUGUCACUCCAGGUGUUCAGUACGGGUCUCGAGUACACAGUAUGGUAAUCGAGAGCUAUGCAGACGCUAACAAGCUGGACGAGAUGGAAGCUGCGAUUUCACGUAUGUUUCAGAAUAAGCGAAUGUUUUCAUCUCCCAAGUCCUUGCAUGCGUUGAUUAUGGCGUACUCCAGAGCUGGCGAAUACGGCCGCCUCGCAAAGACCAUGGAAGUAGUGAAGGGCGCAGGCUGGAUACUCCAGUCAUCCAUUUACAACAUCCUCAUUUCAGAGUACGGGAAGGGAGGUCACCUCGACAGGAUGGAGCAAGUAUUCCGUGAAAUGAUGGAUGCGUCUUGCCCGCCUUCCUUUGAAACUUUUCAAUACAUGAUUGAUGCUUAUGAGGCAAAUAACAACGAGGCUGAAGUGGACAGGAUCCUCGACCUCAUGCGGAAGGCAGGCUGUGAACCCAAGUCAAAUGUCAUGCCGACUUCUGACCGCAUGUGGACUGAUGAUGAAAUUUUUGGUGGAAAAAUCAGGCGGUAGAGUGCUGUGGAUUUAUGAGUAUCCAGCCUGCGCCUUUCUCUACUUUCCAUCAUGAGGUGAGUCUCUCUCUCAAGGUGUUUAGUGGUGGUUAGAUACUUAGAUGGUUUUUGUGGUCGACUCAAGCUGAUGCAGAAGAAGCGCCAGCACAUUAGAUCAUACACCCUGGUAGAGUAAUUAACCCACCCAGGGUCUAGGUUCUUGGUGGAAUUUUUGGAUAGCCAGCAAACUUAGCUUCCAUUUCCUUACAAUAGUUGAUAUUAGAAAUGCUGGUUCCAGCAGAUCCAUUGAUAGGAGAGAAGAGUAUGUUGCCAGUUGUGCUCACAAUUGUCUCAUUUGGGGUACACAUUGUCGGAAUCAAUUAGUAUUGAUGCAAGCUUAUGCACCACGAAAUGUGCAUUAAUUUAGUAUUAACAUGGUUGGAUGUUAGUUUAUAGUUUGAGAUCCGAAGUUGGAUUUGUGCUUUUCUUUUUGUGAACAACUUAAGAGCUUAUGUCUGAUUUGACGCCAA